AUCGACGGAUAUAGUAUGAAAUACGGAACAAAAGACGGCGGAGUGUUCGAAUAUAUAUUAAUGUGAUGUUGUAUGUGUGGUGAACGCUGUCAGAAAACGGAUACGUGAAAUGGCGACGCAGAGGGUUCUCCCACAAAGUAAAGAGACUCUUCUGCAGAACUACAACAAGAGACUUAAGGACGAUAUUCGAUCCAUACUUGACAACUUCACAGAGAUCAUCAAAACUGCCAAGGUGGAUGACGAGACCCAGGUUUCCAGGGCAACGCAGGCCGAGCAGGACCAUUAUGAGAUGCAUGUUCGAGCAGCAAAUAUAGUGCGAGCUGGAGAAUCGUUGAUGAAACUGGUGUCAGACUUGAAGCAGUUCCUCAUCCUUAAUGAUUUCCCGUCAGUCAACGAGGCCAUCAGCCAGCGGAACCAGCAGCUGCGCUCACUCCAGGAGGAAUGCGACAAAAAGCUCAUCUCCCUGAGAGACGAGAUCGCCAUUGACCUGUAUGAACUGGAAGAAGAGUAUUACUCCUCCAGGUACAAAUAACAGACUCCUCCGUAUUACUGGUCCAGGGCUGUCGUUUUAUUAUUCUUCAAUCGGUAUAACUGGUCCAGGGCUGUUGUUUUAUUAUUCUCCAGUCAACAUAACUGGUCUUGGACUGUUGUUUUUUUUAUUCUCCAGUCAGUAUAACUGGUCCAGGGCUGUUGUUUUAUUAUUCUCCAGUCAACAUAACUGGUCUUGGACUGUUGUUUUUUUUAUUCUCCAGUCAGUAUAACUGGUCCAGGGCUGUCGAUUUUUUACUCUUCAGCCACAGUUAGACCAUCACCUGGUGCACGUUCAGCUAUCAACUGCCCACUUAUGCCAACACACACACAGUGCCUUAAGAACAGUUAGUAUAGCUGUGGGUUGAGUGAGAGCCUUGUAGAUACCUGUAUGAACCCUCUCUCCAUUCACACACCACAGUGAGUGAUCCUUACCCCUCCCUCCAUUCACACACCACAGUGCCUUUCACAUGUUCAGUGCUCUUACAAACAGGUUCAGUAUCUCUCUGAAUGUGUUUGUUUAUUUUUACUAUUUGGUAUCUUACUAUACUAGUUUCUAUGUUAUCUUCACAUUACCUAUGCCAUGGAGAAUCAGUGACAGAAUGCAGCAUCCACAGACAUGUCCCUCAACUUCAUUACCUACAAAGACUUUGGCACACCCUCUUGGUACAAAAAAUAAAGUUCCUGAUUGUUACUGAUUUUACAGCUAAAAUUCUGAGGUGCCUUUUUUUCUAUUUUCACACAAUUCAUCAGAUGCCUGUGACAAUGAUAAUAAGGUGAAGAGACUUCUAUAGAGGUUAAAUAAAGUUCCCCUUUCAGUCACAUAAAGACAUCACUGCCUAUGACAAAUCUGUUGUAUUGUCUUUUCUAUUGAUCUGUAGAAGAAUGUAUGAAACACCUUUAAGAAAUUGUAACACUUGUAAAAUCCAGUUAUACACUGUGUUGUGUAUCCCUGCUUUGUGCUGGAGUUUUGAAGAAAUGAAUGUUGUCAUGCAGUCGUAUAUCCACAAAGUGUUUCUGAGAUCACGACAGUCACUGAUUGUGCAGUACUGGCAGACUGUAUUGGAAGGGAUGGAAGGAGAAUCUUAGGCUCAUUAGUUGUAGAGGACCGAAAAUAAUUUAUAACACCAUAUGUCUGAAAACAAAUCAAAUGCCAUUUGCUGUUUUUAAAAGAGAAUUUUGUGUUUUAUAUCCAAUCAUUAGUAAAGAUUAUUUAAGACAUACAUGUAAUGUGGUGUAAUAAUUUGAAGUUCUGUGAAAUUUGUGUAAAUUGAUGGUCACUUCACAGUGAUGUAUGUCAUCAUACGUAGAAACCAGUUUGUUGCAUCUGUAGUUGUUUAGAUUUGGAGUUAAGCAGUAAGAACGAUGAGUUACAGACUUAGGAGCAUGGAACAUGUAAAAUUGCCGAGCUUUUCUUUACAUGACCGCAGGUCAUUUUAACCCUGACAAUAAAGCAGAGAGG